UUUUCAAUCUGGUCAUCAAGCGACACUUACAAAAAUCUCUAGCAGGGAAAACAAAAGGAAACCAAAGAAGAAAGGUAGCGAAAAAAAGAUGCAGAAACUGAUAUUGAUUCAAUCGUUGUAUCGUUCCAUAUGUCGCAGAUCUUCAGCUUUCUCGGUUUCCGCCGCCGCAACUACCGCCGUCAACCACCACUCCCAUCGACACCUUCAUUUCUCAUCCCCGAAUUUUCCAGCUUCUCCUAAAAGCCCUUUUCACGAAUUGCGGCAUCCUUUGACAAUAGCAAUCGGAAGCACACGUUCUUUCUGUGAGGAUUCAGCCCACAUGCCUGACAUAAAAGAUCCAGAGGUCAAACGUGCUUUUAAGGACUUAAUGGCUUCAAGCUGGGAUGAGCUCCCAAAUGCAGUUGUCGGUGAUGCAGAGCAUGCAUUGACUAAAAAUACUGAUGACAAGGAAGGCCAAGAAGCCUUGAUUAAUGUUUUCCGUGCAGCAGAAGCAGUGGAGGACUUUACUGGGAUUCUCACGUCUCUGAAAAUGGAGCUUGAUGAUGCAAUUGGCUUAAGUGGUGAGAAUGUUAAGCCUAUGUCAAAAGAGUUUUCUGAUGCAUUUCACACAGUAUACCACCGUUACAUCACCUACUUGAGUGCUUUUGGGUCAGAGGAGGGAUACUUGAAGAAGAAAGUUGAGAUGGAACUGGGAACAAAGAUGAUACACUUGAAGAUGAGAUGCAGUGGCCUUGAUUCUGAAUGGGGAAAGAUGCAGUGUUAUCAAAGGCGCACUUAAAGCGCUCUUAAGCCCUAGAGCGAGGCGUAAAACAUGUUGAGCGCUUCACAUCGCUUAGCGGGCGCUUCAGUGUUGUCAUCAAGGCUCUAAGGGAUGCUUUUCCUAGGCAAUACUAAACAAUUGAUAUACACUUUAUCGUAAAUUUUCUUCAAUCUCUUUGUCUAUAUAUUUGGUAUUUAUGCUUAAAGAUAUUAGUUUUGGACUACACAUUCAUAUUUGUAGUUUUUUUCCAUUUGCGCCUUUCUUUAUUGAAGCCCACGCUUUAUUUGCGUUUAAAGCACCAACAGACCUUAAAGCUUGUUUGCACUUUUCGCCUUUGAUAACACUGAUCAGAUGGUAGCUUUGUUAUGUAAAAAAAGUCAUAUCAUUUUGUUGUUAUGCUAAAUUUAUCAUACUAAUGGAAGUAACCUAUUUGGUUGUAAAUCGUGAUUUGUUUACUUUCUUGCGUGAAAGUAAUAGACAUUGAUAUGAGAUCUCUUGAAGAAUUUAGCUUUUACCAUUAUUUGUUUUCUCACAAUG